UUCAAAUCUACUUACAUACAUACCUGCUUACAUAUAUAUACAUACGUAUACAUCUACAAAGACGUGUAUUACAUCAUCAGACACGCUGAACUGUCAUGUCUCUUAUGACAGCAAAUCUAUCCAGUCAAAUACCGACUGUAUUAUUUAUGCUUGGAAUUAUUUGUAUCAUUGGUAUACUUGGCAAUAUUCUAGUGAUAAUUGUUUAUGCUCUGAAACAUGACCGGUUAACAGCUACCCUGUUUAUUCUCGUCUUGGCUAUCUCAGAUUUUUUAGCCUGUGUUACACUUAUCCCUGGUACAAUGAUUAUUGAAUAUCUUGAAUGGAAUAUUGAUUCAACAUUUCUGUGUAAAUUCUAUUAUUUUAUUAAUAAUUCAUUUAUACCAUUUAGUAGUUUAUUGAUUAGUUGUAUAGCAUUUGAUCGAUACUUUUGUCUGUGUCAUCCAUUCAAGAAUAUACUGACAAGAGAAUGCGCUAAACGUGUGAUAUUCAGUUUAAUUUGUAUAUGCUUGCUGUUAGGCUUUAGUUCAACGUUUACUGUACGUGUUGAGAGGAGCAGACCGGAACAAGAUGCUAUGCAUGAUUAUAAGAAUGAUAAUAAUGAUGUUAAUGAUGGCGGAAAUAUUACAUUUAUCCAGAAUAAUAAUAACAGUACAACACCAGUGACUACACUAUACUUGCUGACAUCUUAUUCAAACAUUUCAAUUGAUUUAUCUAAUCCAAUCGGGGAUGAGAAAUAUGAGUGUACAGAGAUAACCAGAUUAAAUCAUACAAUGAUUGAAGAUGUUCUAUAUAAAAUUGUACAAAAAUUUCAAACGUGUAGUUAUAUUCUGUGUAUUAUUUGUGUGGUUACUCUGUAUGUCUUAAUUUAUCGAUCAGUAUCAAAAGUAUUCAAAAAACGCUUAGAACUUAAAGGAAUCAAAAUGAAUGAGAAAAAAUCAAAGCAGACUAGUCUGAAAUGUACUCAUUCUAAAGUCAAUCAUCAUCAUGACAUGAAUGCACUGGACGAUAAGAAUGCAAACAACCCUAGACGUAAUUUAACAAGACACUUUACAUCUUCCUUAAUGAAUAAAAGACAAUACGCUAAAGCAGACCACUUAAUCAAUACAACAACAACAAGUAGAAGAAGUGCAUCACAAGUUUUCCCAGAUUCAAAUAAACCUCCAGAUUUAUCGGCAUGUUUACAGACAACAAAUUCGUAUCAUUGUCAACUGUAUGAAGGAAAGAAUGAAAUACACCCGUGUAAUGAACAACCUUCUACACUGGAAACACCACAGCAAUAUGAAGUAUGUCAACAAAACGAUCAACAGCAACAGCAACAGCCACAAGAAGAAGGUGAACCACACCAACAACAACAAAACAACUACCGCUUGAUAGUGAGUUGA